UUCACAGCCGAAGAACUAUCAUCACUAUCAAGUUCAUCUAAUUUACAUUUACUCAUUCAUGGAAAAGUUUAUGCAAUUUCAAAAUUUUUAGAUGAACAUCCAGGUGGUGAUGAAGUUUUAUUAGGUGAAUCUGGAAAAGAUGCAACCGAAGCUUUUGAAGAUGUAGGUCAUAGUGAAGAAGCCAGGAAUUUAAUGAAUCAAUAUCUUGUAGGAACUUUAGAUUCAGUUGAUUCGGAUCUCACCGUUUCCCUAGACCUUGAAACUCUUGCCUUCUCAAACUUAUACUCUUUCCUGUUUUCUUACUGGUACACGGGCCUUCCUUCGCCUUAUUAUCAAGAAUCGCAUGUCAGAUUGAGAGCUGCGGUGAGGAAAUGGACGGAAAAACAUUUAGUCGAUCAAGCUCAUGAAUGGGCAGAAAAUUAUUCAAUCGAUCACAAAACCUAUAAACAAGCUGCUGCUGAUGGGCUUCUAUUGCCACAAAUUGGAGGUUCAAGAAUCCCCAAAGAAUGGACUAAGCAUGGGAAAAUCAUGGCAGAUAUCAAACCUGAAGAAUGGAAUGGAUUUCAUGAUUUGGUCGUACAAGAUGAGAUGGCGAGAUGUGGUGCAUCAGGAUCGAUUGCAGGAUUAUUUGCUGGUAUUUCUUAUGCUGCGCCAUUGAUUUGGAAAUACGCUUCGACAGAAUUGAAAGACAGAAUCCUGCCAUCACUCUUGGAUGGAUCGAAACGGAUUUGUAUUGCCAUCACUGAACCUGAUGCAGGUAGUGAUGUGAAAAAUCUAUCAACAUCAGCCGUGAAAAGUUCGGAUGGAAAGCAUUGGAUUGUCACCGGGAUCACUAAUGGAGUUUGGAGCGAUUAUUUUGCAACGGCGGUGCGUACCAGAGGUAAACCUGGAGAUCCAACGGGGAUCAGUGUACUUAUAAUCCCAUUAACAGAAGGUGUGAAGGCGAGCAAGAUGAUUGUGGGCGGUGGUUGGGCGAGUGGUACGACUCGUGUUGUGUUUAAUCAAGUAAAAGUUCCAAUUGAAAAUCUUGUCGGGGUAGAAAACGAAGGGUUUAAAUACAUAAUGUCCAAUUUCAACCAUGAGAGACUUAAUCUAGCUUUUCUAGCAAACCGACUCUCAAGGAUUUGUAUCGAGGACUCCAUCGAAUAUGCUUCUAAACGUCGAGUCUUUAAUGCACCAUUGAUUGAAUUAGGAGUCAUCAGAAAUAAGCUAGGUCAUAUGGCUCGUCUGGUUGAGUCUCAGCAAGCAUGGAUAGAAGCUAUAGUAUACCAAUUGGAUCAUCUAAGUCCGGAGGAGGGAAGUAAAAAGUUAGGUGGUCAAACCGCCUUAUUGAAAGCUCAUUGUAGUAUCGUUCUCGAGUAUGCGGCAAGAGAGGCAGUCCAGAUCUUUGGUGGAUUAGGAUAUACUCGAGGUGGAUUGGGUGAGAAGGUUGAACGUAUUUGGCGUGAAGUGAAGAGUGUCUCCAUACCUGGUGGUAGUGAGGAGGUUAUGUUAGAUUUAGGAGUUCGACAACAAAUGAAGAUUGCAUUAGGGAUGUCGAGUAAAUUAUGA